AAUUCACCUUAAAAAAACACAAACUCAAUUGCAGACAUCCUCUGUAACUCAAACGAAACCCUAGGAUCGAGAAAGCUCUAAUGGAAGAACAAAUCAAAUCGGAGUUCAAGAAGAGUGGUUUCACAUUUGACAAUGAAGAAGAGAUACUUCAAAAAUGUCUUGCUUUUUGUAUAAAUUACAAUCUGAGUCCUUGUGAUCUUGUUUCUAGCUGGGAUGUUUAUUCACUUAAUAGGCAGCUGGAACUGACUGUGCAAAAUGCACAUAUGGAUGCAUUUUUGCAGCAACUGCAGAAUGAACAGAAAGAGGCUAUCAUCAAGAAGGAGCCUGGAUUGCAUUUGUACUCUAAUGAUGUCAAGAUGAUAUUGAGUGAUAAAGCAGAAGAUAUAGAUGAAGUGGUCCCUGGGACUCCAACAGAAAAAUAUGACAUGAGUUAUCUAGGUCCUCUCGAUUCAGCACACAAAACCAAUGGGAGCAUACUUCCCUCUGGAAAACCUGCCGAUCUGGUGACACCUUUUGGGCAACGAAAGAACAAAUUUGUCGUCCAAUCCACCAUCAGUGACCUGCCCAAUACAGAUUCUAUAAAGGAAGAACAGCAUGACAAUAAUUCUGAGGAUGACAUCAUAAAAAGAGUGCAACCCAGGAAAAGGUGUUCGUUGCAAACUCAUCACUCCAAGCCUGAAACAAGUUCUCGAUUUAUGUAUGACAGAAUUGAAGAUAAGUUUAAUUUUCUUGAAAAUAGAAUCAUGAAGCAUGCAAAAGCUUUUGUUGCUUCUGGAAUCUACGAGGAACCAGUUGACCCAACUGUUGCUUCACAGAAAAGUUUGUUUGCUAUUGGUAUGGUAUGUUGUGAGGAAGAAGGUCGUCUAAAAGAGAAGCCCCUAUUGCUACAAAGCAGUGUUGAGCACUCUGGGGGGCAACGUGUCCGUCUUGACCUGCAAAAGCUGAGUCAGUUUUCUAUCUUUCCUGGCCAGGUUAUAGGCAUUAAAGGGGACAAUCCAAGCGGACACUGUUUGAUUGCAUCAGAAAUCAUCGACCAUGUUCCUUUACUAGAUUCCAAUGAUGAGAACUCUCAACCUUCAAAGAAGCAAGCUCUUGAUAAGGACUUAAUUCAAACUGAUCUAUCUCAUGCGCAGUCAGAAAUAUCAGCGUUAAUUGCAGGAGGCCCUUUUACCACAACUGAUAACUUGAUGUUUGAGCCUCUAACUGAAUUACUUGCAUAUGCACGGAGAAAGCAGCCUCAGUUGCUUAUACUGCUUGGACCCUUUAUUGAUUCGGAACAUCCAGAGAUCAAGAAAGGAACUGUAAAUCAGACCUUUGAUGAACUUUUUCAUCAUGAGAUUCUUAAAAGGAUUCAAGAUCAUGUGGAGUAUAUGGGUUCAGCAGCAAGGGUGAUUCUAGUGCCAUCCAUACGUGAUGCUAGUCAUGAUUUCGUUUUUCCUCAGCCUCCUUUCAGUAUACAUCCGCCUGACCUUAAAGAUCAGAUAACCAGCAUCACAAAUCCUGGAACUUUUUCUGCUAAUGAGGUCAAGGUAGCUUGCUGCACUGUUGAUAUAAUUAAGCAGCUUAGCGGAGAGGAGAUCUCACGAAAUGCUGCUGGUGGAUCAAAGCAUCGGAUGUCUACACUUGCAAACCAUAUUUUGUGUCAACGCAGUUUCUAUCCUCUGUAUCCACCAGCAGAAGGCAUUCCCCUGGAUUUUUCACUUGCUCCAGAAGCUCUUGAAAUCUCUUCCAUUCCAGAUAUUCUCAUCCUCCCUUCAGACUUGACUCAUUUUGUGAAGGUAGUGUCUGUGGGAGGCGAAGGAGAGGCGCAAAAGAAAUGUCUAUGUGUUAAUCCAGGAAGACUAGCAAGAGGUGAAGGAGGGGGUUUCUUUGUGGAGCUUAACUACCACGGAAGCCCUGACUCAGCAACUGCUUCUGUAAUCCGCAUAUAGGUAUGGAAGAAAGAAAAGCCGAUACAAGGUACCCUAUCUUCUUGGUGUAAAAACAGGAGGAAGUGACAGAUGAGUUAUUCUUUCCCUUAUUUUGUUCCAUGAAUGGUUUGCUUAUAGUUUAGCCCUCGUAAAUCUACAGCUUUAUAAUAUGGAUUAUGCAAUACUACUUGUACUCGCUAUCUAAAUCACCUUAAUUUUGUUGAUAUGUUCAUAGAAUUUUAUUCAUGUAUUUGUAAUCCGUAAUUUGCCAACAGUGGCUGCACUCUCAAAGAAGUCGCAGCUAGGAAUUGUAACAUUAGCAGCACACCUUCUGCAAACAGAAAUCCUCUAGUACUUUAUAAGAUAUAUAAAAUAGCAGAGGCAAGAAGUCGUACUACCUUUAGCAGGCAUGUCAGAUUUUUUGUAUCCAGUAAGUGUUCCGAUGCAAGAAAUGGAUAGACUACAAUCCUUUUGUUCGCAAUGCUGAGUCAAGUAGCCUGUAUCGGAACCUGCUAUAAGCAGAGAGUCAACAAAAUGCUAAGAGCCUGUUGUUCGGGAUUUAAGCCAUUUUCGACUUUAAGCACGGGCUCUAAGUUACAAGUGGAAUUCCAUGAGCUAGAUAUGUUAAACUUUAACAACUUGAUGCGCUAGCUGAAGCUGUUUGUUUGUUUAAAUCCCAGUCUAUGAAUAACAUAUAAAGAUUAAUGGUUAAUACCGGAUAAAUGGGCCGGCCCAACUGGUUUGAAUGUAAAGCCUAAAGAACUGAAAGUCAUGGGCAUUGAGGAGCUAGGCCCAGCCAAGUGGAUCGGUAGUCAGUGUCAAAGCAGCUGUGAUUUUAACUUUUUAAGUACAAUCACACAUAUGUAUGUGUCAAUCAUAUCACCUUUUUGCCUUUUCCGCAUGUACAUCGAAAAUGAACCCAAGCCCAACCAAUACACUUUCCACUAAUUAUUUCUUUUUAUUUUAUUACCUUACUUUUUGGAUUAUUAAGAUGCUCUGUUUUGUUUUCCUAUAAAUUUUAUUAAAAUAUGUUGGUCUACUUACCCUGCGCAUGCUUCCACUCGGAAACUCAAUUAUUGAUAAAUUUAAAGUAAGAGAUGUUUGUUUACUUUAAUUUCUUGAAAUCAAAAUUUAAUAUCAGACAUACUUUUCUAUGACUAAAAUGUGACAAUUAAACUCAUUGUGGAAUCGAUAAAAAAUUCCAUGGGUCCAUACGCACAGUGCCUAAUAUCCAUCAUUUAAGGCUAAUUGAGUCUCCGGUGAUCCUUUUUAUUAAUUAAAAAAAUUGAUCAACUAAUAAAAUGUAUCAUUCUUGGUAUAAUAAAAAUAGUGUGUAUAUUGACAAAUCAACAAGUAAUAUAGAUUUAUAAUUAUUAAUUUGUAGAGAUCUAAUUGUCUAAUUAUUAAU